UGAAGGGAACUAAAUCUCAGUACGAUACUUCUUAAACAUGGCGUCCUCCAAACCGAAGAAAAUUGUGUCGCAAGAUCAGUUGCGGCGAUUGAUGAAAGAAAAGCAAUAUUCCGUGCAUACGACAGCAAAGAAAAUUGACCAUCCAUUGGCAAAAUACAAUAGCCUCAGUCAACUGGUUUGCACAGUCUGCAAUAAUGUCAUCAAGAAUGACAAUUUGUGGGUGGCACAUAUCCAAAGCAAGCAACACAAAGAGCGAUAUCUGGCUUUAAACACCCCAGGUCCUGUCAAACCAACCGAUUUAGUGGGUAUCAAAAGAAAACAUGCAGAAAUUCAAGAGCAGUCGUCAAAGAAAAUAAAAGAUACAAAUGGCAGUGCUGCACAAACAGGAACCUUAAAAGCCACAUUCCUGGCCACAUACUCAUCAUCGUCAGAUGACAGUGAUGACAAUGAUGAAACAGAAAAAAAUGAGAAAGUACCAGAAGCAUCAGCUGAUAACAGCAGUGGAAAGAAUAUGACUGGAAUUUUGCCAGCAGACUUUUUCGAUGCAUCUUUCAAGGAAGAGGCUGAAAAACAAGAAACAGAUAAACCUUUAGCAAUGGCAGAAGUUUUGCCUGAGGGCUUCUUUGAUGAUCCAAGAAUGGAUGCCAAGGUGCGGCAGGUUGAGUAUAAAGACAAAAUGGAUGAAGAGUGGGAGUUAUUUCAGCGCUCCAUGAAAGAGGAAUCACAUGUCUCAGAGGCCAUCAUGGAGGAAGACAACGAGCAAGCUACUGUCGAACGCAAUCUAGAUGAAAUUGAUGAUCAGAUUCAGCGAUGGAAAGAAGUGGAAGACUUGCACAUUAAAAAAGAGACAAUUUCCAAGACGUCUGCUGGUGGCAGUAAUAAAGAUGACGAAGAAGAGUUGGAUGAAGAUGACCUUAGUGAAUUCCUAGACUGGCGAUCAAAAAAAUCUUGGAAAUAAUUUAUUUUGAAGUAGUAGUGUUGAUGAAUCUGUUCAAAUGGAUGUAAUGUUGUGAAGUCUACAAAUGCUGAUGGCAAUGUGAGUGGGUCUUCCUGAAGUCUGCAGUUUCCCACCAUGUUAACAGAAUACUGUUGGACAAGCCAAUUUCAGGUCCUGAAUUUAUUUGUGAACACAGUUGAAAAAAUGUUAGCAGAUGAAGUAUGCUUCUACAUGGAAGGACUAAACAUAUGUAGCAUGUCUUAAUGAAUAUGUGAAAGGUGUGUAAGAUGGAAUAAAGUAUGAUACUGAAAACUAAA